AUGACUUCAACUCAAAUCGAAGAGAAAAUCAUCGAAAACGGGGAAUCGCCACUCAAUGAAGACACAGAACCCCAGCGAGACCUUCUAGAUUUAAUUGACUGAAGCAGCAACGACGACGAAGGCGCCUCAAGCAGGUAAAAUUGAUAUAGUGAUCCUGGAGAUUGAACAGCAAUUCCUUUCAAAACCAUUUCUCCAUUGAUCUUCCGAAAGGCCUCUCGCAGGUGGCUAGCGUCUCAAACACCUGAUUUUUAUUCCCAAGAGAAAAAUACAGUAGGAAUGAAAAAAACCAAAGUCCUAGCGGGGAAGUAUUUGCAAGCUUUUGAGAACUAUUUAGCAUCAAUUACUAUGAUGUAUUAUGGAGAUCCUUAUGUAUCCAAGAAAUCAGAACCUGCCACAGCAGCUGCGUAUAGGCCUGGAAAGCGUCCGCGAAAUAUCCUGCAGAUGGAUCCGCUUGCAUUUUUAUUAUCACCUUUAAGGCAAGAAUUUUCGUUUGGUAAAUGAUAUGCAGAAUUAUGGAGUCCCAUGCAAGUUGCAGUGUUUGAAUGUGGGCUUUGCAGCUUUGGGAAAGAGUUUAAAGUAAUAGAGAAGCUGCUGAAGUUUUCCAAGACUUAUCAAGAGGUGACUCAGUUUUAUCAUAUGUGGAAGCAGACUUCUCAUUAUAAGGUGUGGAAAGAGUGUUUAAUAAAAGAUAGGGAAUAUAGUUAA